AUGUUGAUCGAGAGGACACCGCCAAAGAAGCGAGUGGAUGCCACUCCUUCACCCGCACCCGCUCCUGCUCCUGCUUUGGGCGAAGCACGCACCAUGCAUACAAGCAGUGCUCAGUCUGCCAGCUCGGUGGCUCAAUCCUGGCCUUCGCUAGAAGACAUGGCGCUUCCCAACCUCAUGGAGCGUCAACAACGUCUCGAUCGAGGCAUCAAGCCCACGCCACCCAAGUCUUCCUCUACUUCGACCUCGAACACUGCUCCAUCCAGUCUGAGCAAAGUGACAGCUCCCAUUCCUUCUUCUUCGCCCUGGUCGAGAAGAGCGCCAGAGAGGGAUAUAGGUGUUGGUGCUUCAUUACCUAGCAACACGGCCAGAGCAACGAUGGCGGGUACACCGCUUUAUCCCAGUGUGAACGAGGCGGCCAAAAAGGCCGGCGAUCUGACUGCGCGUAUGCAUUCGAGCACCGCCAAAGCACCAGAAGUCAUCACUGCUGCUGGUGCUGCUUCCAACACAGCGCAAGCCGAUCAGGAGGGCAACGCCAAUGCGUGCGAAUCUCCUUCCACACCUCGACCAAACGGUCGGCCUGCAAGCUUGAUCCCCGUCGCAAAGUCGAUAGCGCGCGUCUCCUCUUCUGCUCAACAGGGCAGCGCAACAAAUGCGCCCGACGAGAGCUUCAAGGACCUCUCGAUGCGCACAGAUGCCCAAGCUUCUAGCGAUUUGGGCACAUCGACCCACGCACCACUAAUCACAUCCACAUCCAGCCACUCCUCGCCCGCACGUGCACGUCGAUCAUCCGCCAAGGCGCGCAGCAGCCUCUCGACCAUCAAAUCCCCCUCUUCUCAGCCCAUCAAACGUUCUUCUCGUCUUUCCCGUCUUUCCAAUCAGAGCAUCUCGACUACUCCUCGUCCAGCAAGUGCAACCGCACCCAAAGAUGCAAAGACGGAUGAGGAAUUCUUGAAGAGGUUGGAAGAUGCUAUGAGGAUGGAGAAUGAUGCCAAUGUGUUUGUGGACAAGCGCAGGGCGGAGAUGAGAAAGAGCACGCGGGUCGGUACGACUGGCUCGACGGACGCUGACCAAGUCGAGAGCGAGAGCGGACGAGUUGAGAAAGCUACGUCUGGGCAGGAUUUGCUGGAUGCUGCUGCGAAUGCGAAUGCGAUGGCGGCGGAUGAGGAAGCUGCUCGACGCGCUCGACGAAGUGUUCGCGCCAGCUUGCGCAAUCAGCAGGCCAACAGCCCUGAACAGGCAGAGAAGAUGUCAGCAACCGCCCCACUUUCAAGCGCAGCGAUCGAGGGGCAGCAAGGGGCAGGGGCAGGGGCGAAGAAGGAGGAAGAUGCGCUCACGGUCGAACUUGCCACGCCUCGUUCCAAGCCCUUCACGCCUUUCAAGCUGUCCAGCUCCGGCGCGAAUUCGAGCCCAGCAAUCGCACCGGGCAGCUCGCGUAGGCUAGAUCCAGAGAUGAGACUGCAGCGCGUGACGAAUGCGGAGAUUGCCGAGCUUCGAAGGACGUUGGCUGGUCGGGAAAGGGAGGUUGAAAAGUUGCAGAGGAGCUUGGAGAGGAGCAAGGAGGAUGCGGAUGGGUGGAAGGCGGAGUGCGAAGCGGAAUGCGCUGAAAAGGCGCAGAUGUGCUUGAGGGUUGCGGAGAUGCAGAGAAAGUGCGCAGAGGAGAAGCGAAGGAGGGAAGAGGUGGAAUUGGAUGCGAUAGAGGGAGCUUUGGAGAGGGAUGAGAUGGAGUGGAAAUUCCUUGCGCGCGAGGAUGUGCAGUGCGAGAACACGAGAAGAGUCAACAUUGAGCUCACAAUUUGUAGAAACGAAGCUACGUAUCAGACGUAUAGGGCGCAGGAUUUGGAGCGGGACCUUCGAUUGGCCAAGAAGCAUAGCAGGCACCUCAGAUCCGCUCUCGAAGCUGGAGGCGCAGGCGAUGCAGACUCUGCGACUACAACGGCGAGGAUGCAAGAGAUGGAGAAGAAGUUGAAAGAGGAAAAGGAGAGGCGGAGAACGAUUGCUAGGCAGGGCAUGAAGGUGGAAGAGGAGCGCAACGAAGCUCUGACGGAGCUGGAAGAGGUUCGAGAGGAACUGCAGAGAGCGAAAGCCAAAAGAGCGGAGAAGGAUGAUGAUGGCUGUGCUCUGGCUGAGCUCGUCAAAGUCCGAGCGAAGGCGGAGUCGGAGGAGAAGCUGAGAAGAGAAUUGCAAAGGGAAGUGAUGGCAUUGAAGAAGAAUGCCACGAUGCCACCACCACCACCUCCUGCCAUCAAAAAGGACCUGGUCCAUAAAGCUUUAGCACACAGUUCUUCCCCGCCCAGAGCAGCUCGUUCGGUCCGAAAAACCCCUCUUGCUAUGGAUCUCUCCAUCGACUCGGACGAGGAGGACGCGCAAGACGACUCGGACGAAGACGAAGAUGCGCGAGAGCUUAUCGCGGCAAAAGCCAGCGCGGCCCCGGCCCCUCCGACAAAGGAGAGCAAGAGCGUCGCCUCGAAAGGUGAUAAAAGCUCGAAAGCAAAGGCCGGAUCUGCUGCCGAUUCUAACGGCCGCAAACAGGCUCGAAAGCCUCGAAAGAGGGGAUUGUAUGAAGAGAGCAGCGACAGCGAUUCGGAUUCAGCUGCUCCUUUGAACAAUCAGGAUUCUUCCUUUGCACAAGCAGAAGAGGAACAAGAAGAGGAUGCGCCGCGUAGGAAACGUGGUGGAGCAGCGUCAAAGACGAACGCUUCUUCCUCUUCUGCUCUUGUACCUGCUGCUUCGACAACUACCAGCUCUCGAGGUACGAAUGCGACGCGCAAGCGUAAAAGUGUAGAGGCGGACGAAGAGAGGAGAAAGGCGCUGGAAUUGGAAAUCAUGGCUACUCCCAUGAUCAAGAGCGUCAGGUCUAAAAGCGACUUGUCCAAAGAGUCCCAGGCGCAGGCGCAGGCGCAAACAUCGAACGAGGGCAAAGGGGGCAACAAGGCGCUCUCUGCUUCUCGAAACGCGAGCAAUAUCAACAAUCGCCCUGCGGCUAUUGAUGCGACCAAUAAAAAUAGAGGGCAGGAAACCUCGACUGUUCAGACUCGAGCUCGCAAUCAACCUGGCGUCGCUGAUGAUGGCAAGAAAAAGAAGAGAAAGUUGCUAGGUGGAGCAGCUGCAUCGGCUAAUGGAUUCUUUGCGUGGGGCUCGAGCGAAGGAGAUGUGAGUCUUCUUGUUGUUCUUCUUCUCUUCUUGAUUUCAUCUUCUUGCUUUUCUUUUGCGUAUUCUGUUGCUGGUAGAGCGGCUCAAUCUAGUUCAAGCUAUCAGAAACUGACAUUUACGCAUCCCCCCCCCUCCCCCUCUCCUACCCGAUCGGGAAACGUCCGUGUUCGAAUGCAGGCCAUCUCGUCAGGCUUGGACUUGCCUAUGGAUAUCUCUCCUAUCAAACCCGCCAAUGCGCAACCCUUGAAACCUUUGGGCGGAAGCGGAGGCGACGCUUUCAAAUCGCGUCGAUGA